UUCCUGCUUAGGCCCAGCAGCCACACUGGACAAGCUGAGAGUCGGCAGCCUCGGCAGCCACGCUGGACAAGGCUGAGAGUCAGCAGCCAUGCUGGACAAGGCUGAGAGUCGGGCAGCUCCUAGGCCCAGCAGGGCCAGGGCUGAUGAUGGCAGGUGGGGGUGGCCACCUCAGCGCCCGGAUGUACACUGAAGAACAGAACAUAGGGAAAAGGCUUGUCUAUGAGACCAUAUUCAGUCACUACAAAAAACAUAAGGUGGAGAUUUCAAAUGCAAUAAAUAAGACAUUUCCUUUCCUUGAGGGCCUCCGAGACCGUGGCUUCAUCACCAAUAAAUUGUUAAAAGAUUCUGAAGAGUCUUGUAGAAACCUGGUUCCUGUACAAAGAGUGGUGUACAACGUUCUCAAUGAACUGGAGAAGACGUUUAACCAGUCACUUCUGAAAGCAUUGUUCAGCAAGGUCAACAUGAAGGAAUAUCCUGACUUAAUUCACAUUUUUAGGAGCUUCGAAGAAGUGAUUCAUAAUAUCCAAAUAGAUGAUCGAAAAGAUACCUGGGAGAUGGCCAGCACCCAAUUCAUCCAUGAUCAAGGGCAAACCCUACCAGAAGCUGGAAUCCCAGAGCAUCUGGAUGAUGGGGAGAAGAUGAAUAUAAGGAAAAAAGAUUCACUGAGUGGCCAAAAUGAUGCAUUGAGAACUCGAGAAACAACUGAAUGUGCUCCAGAACCUGAACAAGCAGAUACUGUGGAUAAUGGAAACAACUCUACUUUGGGAAGACAGAAGUGGAAAAGAAGGAGAAAGAGAGGCAGACCUAGGAAACAUUUAACUCAGAGAAAUAAAGCCCCACUAAAAAGAGGCCGACCAAGAGGUUCAAGAAAGCACGCAGAUGAAACUGUGGAUUUUCACUCUCCUUUCCUUCCUGUGACCUGUGGUAAGGUGAAGGGGACAUUAUGUAAGAAGAAAUUGGAACAAGGAGUCUCGGAAAAGUGUAUACAGCAUGAGGAUGGAAACUGGUUCACCCCCAGGGAAUUUGAAAUCCAAGGAGGUUAUACAAGAUCAAAGAAUUGGAAGAUGAGUGUGCGCUGUGGAGGACGGCCCCUACGGUGGCUGAUAAAGGAAGAGUUUCUACCUGAUCCUCCAAGAACAUAUCACAGGAGAAAAAAGAAAAGAUUGGAGCCUCACAACAAUGACUUAGUUGACCCUUAUCCGGGAAACUCAGAUGACUGUGAGGUAUGCCGGAAAAGGGGAAAGCUGUUCUGCUGUGACACUUGUUCGAGAUCCUAUCAUGAGGAAUGUCACAUCCCACCUGUGGAAGUUGAGAGGACCCCAUGGAGCUGCAUCUUCUGCAAGAUGAAGGAUUCUUCAGGAAACGAACAGUGUCAACAGGAGGCUGAGAUCCUGGAGAGGGAGAUGUUGCCUGAGGAACAGUUGAAAUGUGAGUUCCUCCUUUUGAAGGUCUAUUGCUGUUCAGAGAGCUCCUUUUUUGCCAACAUCCCAUAUUAUUAUUAUAAUAGAGAAGAUUCUCAGGUCCUAAAGGAACCCAUGUGGUUGAACAAAAUCAAGAAGAGGCUGAAUGAGAAGGGUUACCACCAAGUUGGGGGCUUCGUGCAGGACAUGCGCCUCAUCUUUCAGAACCACAGAGCAUCCUACAAGUACAAGGACUUUGGCCAAAUGGGACUUAGGCUGGAGGCUGAAUUUGAGAAGAAUUUCAAGGAAGUAUUUGCUCUUCAGGAAACAAAUGAGAAGAGUUCACUGGUGUAAUGAAUAAUGUAGAUGCCCUGGCCAAAUGCUCUUUUCUGGGCAGGUCUUCCCAUCCACUGCUGCUCUGAGUGUUGACCAGCUGCUGACGCUACCCCUCCCAGAACUGCCCUGGGCCAAAGGGAAUCAGCUUCAUCUGGAGGUUAUGCCCCCUUGCUUCAUGGUGGAACCAGUGAUGUGGUGUGAUCCAUGCUCCUGUGCACCCCGUGAAAUAAGGCUGGUUCAGUCUCCAGAUGCAGCCACAUUCUUGCUUAGCUUUUCCCUGCUACCCUAUUGUGCUUUCUUCUUGCCCCAUCUGAGAGAACUCUCAUAAUAAAUCACUUGUUUAAGAUA